UUAUCUUUAACUUUUUACUGGAAGAAAUGGGUGAGCGCAUUGAUGACCUUGAGAAGCACGUUGCUGACCUGAUGACAGAGGCUGGGAUAGAAAACACUGAUGAAGAGUUGAGAGUAAAGAAACCUUCAUUUUUACUGUAUUUUAUGUAUUUCCAUUUAGUUUUGAACUAUGGGCAGCACCUAGUAUGA